AUGGCUGUUCGCCGAGUUGGUAUCACAAUGAUGCAAAUUUCGACAAGUUCCAAUUUACAUGUUGCCAUGCAAUCAAGGACACUCGUCAUGCUACGUGAAGCGGUGGCCAAAGUUUUGAUCACCACUAAACUUAAUGCCAAAUUGCCAUUCGAUGAAAGGAUCACUAAGUUUUUGUUUAAGAAGCUGGGGAAUCUCAGAGGAAAACAUCUUCAUGGUAGCUGGACUCGGGAGAGCUUUUGGAGGACUCGUUGCAAGUUUUCUCUGUUUCCUGCUCAGCAAAAAUUUCCUCAGAGUGACAAUCAGAACUGCAGAAUGCAUUCUCACCUCUGCAAAAGAUAUAAAGACAACAAUGUCAGCGAUAGCAACUAG